GUGACAGAGAAGUUCGUCUCAGGAACUGACGAGAGUUUUCUAAAGUCGUUGCCAUCUCCGACCAAACAGAAAGAAAUUUACUGCUCAAGAUGUCAAGAUCGCAGACUCACUUGCUCCUGACUCUGAUCUCUGUUACUCUGCUAUUGCUGAGGAGUUCAGGAACAGCCAGAGGGGAGAGUUUGCCAGACAUAUUACAGAAGACAAACCCUGAGGAGAAAGAGGAGCUGUCCAGGGUCAUGGUGCUGAAACUCCUGUCUGAGCUGCUCCGAGCCGACAGCCCGGCGCUGCCCCGCUUCGAGAGACGGGGGCUCGGUCAAAACCAGCUGCUUCGUCGGUGGAACACCCCGCGGGACCGAAAGGCCGGCUGCAAGAAUUUCUUCUGGAAGACAUUCACGUCCUGUUAACCCGGAGUUCGUUCUCCAAGCCACCACCACA